AUGGGUUACUACGAUGAAGAAGCCGGAGCCCCAGCCGUUGCUGCUCCAAAGCAACCUGCCAACACCGUUACCAUCCCUUGCCACCACAUCCGUAUGGGUGACCUCUUGAUGCUCCAAGGACGUCCUUGCCAGGUUAUCCGUAUCACCACCUCCGCUGCCACUGGCCAACACCGUUACUUGGGUGUCGACCUCUUCACCAGACAAUUGAAUGAAGAGUCAUCUUUCAUCGCCAACCCAAGCCCAAGCGUCGUUGUCCAAACCAUGUUGGGACCAGUCUUCAAGCAAUACCGUGUUCUCGAUCUCCAAGACCACAGUGUUGUCGCCAUGACCGAGACCGGAGAUGUCAAGCAAGCCAUUCCCGUUUUGGACCAAUCCAACCUCUGGACCCGUCUCAAGGAGGCCUUCGAAGGUGGACGUGGUAGCAUCCGCAUCAUGGUCGUUGCCGAUGGAGGUCGUGAGAUCGCCGUUGACAUGAAGACCGUCCACGGAUCCCGUCUAUAG